AUGCAGGCAGUUCGGACAAAAGCAGAGGUCCUGUCCCAGAAGGAAAAGCUUGUCAACUCCUACAAUGAGUUACUUCAGGAGUUUUCCUCGCCGGACCUCCGAAGUGUGGGCAAUUAUACACUGGGACGACUGAUUGGCAAAGGCUCCUUCGGCAAGGUCUAUCUCGCGACUCAUAAGCUGACAAAUAACUCCAAGGUCGUCCUGAAAUCCUCGAAUAAACAAGAUUCAAAUCUUGCGCGCGAAAUACAUCACCAUCGCCAAUUCCUACAUCCUCAUAUCGCGCGACUUUACGAGGUCAUAAUCACGGAGAAUCUGGUUUGGCUGGUAUUAGAAUAUUGCCCGGGUGACGAACUAUACAAUCACAUUUUAAACAAUGGUCCUCUAGUCGUUGACAAGGCCCGACGGAUUUUCGCGCAAUUGGUGGGAGCCGUUGCAUAUGUCCACAGCAAAUCGUGCGUGCAUAGAGACUUGAAGCUUGAAAACAUCCUACUCGAUAAACACGGAAACGUCAAACUCUGCGACUUUGGAUUUACUCGCGAAUAUGAAGGCAAGGCCAGCUAUCUGCAAACGUUUUGCGGCACAAUAUGUUACAGUGCGCCAGAAAUGCUCAAAGGAGAAAAGUAUGCGGGAGAAAAAGUCGACGUGUGGAGUCUAGGUAUUAUACUAUACGCUCUCUUGGCAGGGGAGCUUCCAUACGACGAAGAUGACGAUCAAGAAACGAAAGCGAAAAUUCUCAAAGAAGACCCUGUUUUUAAUGACAAGUUUCCAGAUGAUUCGCAGGCACUGAUUAAGAUCUUAUUAUCCAAGCGGCCACUUUUACGUCCAACGUUGGCUGAUAUCUUGGCACAUCCCUUUCUGGCAGAACAUGGAGUGGAGCAGCAAAUCAUUUUACAAGCACCUCGGCCGUCUCCCUUUACAACCCCGCUCGAAAAGGCAACUUUACUACGUAUGAAAAGUGCCGGCGUGAACAUCGAUCAGGUCAUAGAGCAUGUUUUGGCGCAGAGGUGUGAUGCCUUGGCCGGUUGGUGGGCUUUAUUGAUUGAAAAAGAGGAACGAAAAGAAAAGAGACGCGAACGAAGGAGAAAGGAAAAGGAGGCCGAGGCUCGUAGCUUACGCCGCUUAAGCGCCGCUAGCAGCCGACUGGAAAAGAUCUCUGCUCUGGUGGAAGUUGAUGAGGAAGCUCAUUCUGCAGAUACUCUGCAGACUAGAGGAAGAAGAGAUCGUCGCAGUCUACCGAACCCCGAGCUUUCAAUUCCAGAGGUACCAAAAGUUCCAGAAGCCUUUGCGAACCUCCCGGCUUUGGAUAUUGCAUUGCCACCACAACCGAUUGACAAAGACUCGAUACGAUCAUUAAGCUCGACCAGGCGACGACCAGUACCUCCACCAAAAGAGAAUCGUCGACCUAGCAUGCUGCAUGUUAGUGCGUCUCAACCAGAAUUAGCAUCUCAUUCUAGCGGUCUCUUCAGACGCCGUACAGGCCGACGUAAUCAACAUUCUCUAAUGAGCCAACUGGCCUCGCUCAAACACUGGAUAGUCGAGUCUGCAAAACGGGCCAAAUCACCCCAUCCCCGAACACCAAAGAGCACUGGUGGCCAAUCAUCAAAAGCCCGAUCUGAGAAAUCGAGUCCAGGGAAGAACUCGGAUACCCGGCGCAAACAAGUCGCAAUAACUUCGACAAGUACAGAGCCACCGCUCAUGACGCCAACGCAAGUCAAGCGUUCUUCAAAUGCCAGCAGUCUCGCGCCUAACAGUGCCUCAUACGCUCAUCAUCGAAACUCAUAUGGACGAGCACCUCGUAGCUCGAACAGUCAUCGCAAUUCCUUAUCACCUGCUCCCCUUACCCCGCGGGGCUCCUAUCGACGUUCAUCUGCUGGUCUGCGCGGGCGUAAAUCAACCUCAUCAUCUGUAUCUUCUGUGAGGAGUAUUUAUCAUGCCCAUACCCAUUCGAAAGCGUCUUCAAUAUCGUCAAACAGUAUUGACACAAUGUCUACACCAACUGCAUCUUCCAGAAUGAGUCGAUCUCCACAUACGUCUGUUAAAGUACUUCCUGCUAUUCCCAACGCUGGAGCUCGUUUUCCUAGCAACAUCAGGCUAGUACGCAAUCCACCGAAUGCGCUACGAGACGUGAAUGAUCCAAAUAAUCAUGGCAUCUACUCUGUCUUCAAUGAAGCUGUAUCUGGUCCGUCAACGGCUCCUCCGCAAUCACCUGGAUUCAUUUUUGCUCGGCGUAAGAGAACGCCGUUUAGAGGGCCAAUGCUUCAUACUAAUACCUUGAUGUUCACUAACGGGCCGGGGACACCUAAUCUAUCUCCUCCACUGCAGAGAGAUGUCGCUUCAACUGAAACGGUCAAGCCGCACACGCGCAAAAGCCAGAUCAUAGAGGAAGAGGACGAUGAUAUGGAGGAAGACAUUGAGGAGGUUGACACAUUCAGUGAUCCUGGUAUUACGGAUACUAGUUUCACGGCGAUGAAUGAGCCUCUGGUUGAAACUGAGACGGAUGCCGAUCUAACAAUAGUCGUUGCACCAAGUGAGGAGACUUUGGAAGAGAUAUCUCACGAACCAAGUCUCGAACCAGCAAUGGAUCCGUCGUCUCCUAUCCCACCACGGAUAUCAUCGUUGAACGACCCUGAAGUUCAACUUCAGACAAAUGAGGCUACGGAAGAGGACCCUUCCGCCAGAACCCCUGAGCUAGAGCCAGCACCAGAUGCAACCGAAGAUAUCAAAACACCCACAACCGAAGACGCAGAACACUCAACACAACACGAAAAACCGGACCCAACCUCGAACGACGAAUUAAAACAAGAUACUCCUAUCACAUCCUAAACAUCCUUCACUAAUCCCGCUCCCUACCCCCUAUCACAUCGUCCUACCAUACCCUCGAUUUCGUAUAUAUAUAUCCCAUCAUUGCGCCCCACGUUAUUAUAAAACAUCAUGUAUUAUUCCAUGUCCCCCUUUUCUCUUUUCUGUGUAUUACCUCUUCUUCUUUAUACCCCCAACACAACGCAUUGAGCAUUGAAUUUGGAUUCAGCCUGUUUGUUGCCUCUUUCCUUUUCAUUUUUUAACUUUUUUUAUUUUCAUAAUUUGUGUGUAUGUUGUGUUAGUUGGAUGUAUAGAAUAUAUUUGG